UAUAGGUUUAUACAACCUGAUUCCAAGAACAAUGAGUCAGUGUGUUUUUUUUAAUACAUUUUUAGAAAUAACACUAAACAAAAAUUACAGAACUUGUCUUGUAAUCAUCAUAGACCAUUAAAAAUGAAAAAUUCAAGGCGAAUAACAGGAAAAAGGGUAAAAAGCAAAAUAAUAGGAAACAAUUAAAGGCAACUUCACGAGCGAUAGAGCACAGAUAUAGAAAUAAAACAUUUGACAGAUGAGAAAAGAGGAAAAGCUAGAUAAAUCAAACAUAAUAAAAUGAUAAAAAUAUACCAUAACUAGGAGAACGCACACCUAUAAAAAUGUGUUUAAGAGAGUUUAAAUAUCUGCUGGCCGGCUUUUUGUGAAGGACACAACAACUUACUUACGAUAUAAGUAAAAAUAAUUAAAUGAUGAAAAUGCUAUUUCUGUAUAGUUCAACAUUUAUUUAUUUAUCUCUACAUUUAUUUGUGACUGUAUUCAUACUUAUCUCACUUUUGUCCCAACUGUUUGGUCAUUUAUAAACAUCACAUACACCUUUUGCAUAGAAUCUGCUCGUUGUUUAUGUUGGUGAUGGUGACCUCGUGUGUCAACAACACAGCCUUCGGAGGAGCCACAGACUGAAAAUAUAAACUCUGGAUCUCACGUGUCCUUAACUUUAAGCUGCUGAACUUGUCAAAGAUGUCUGCCAUGAAGAGAAUCCACACUCUGGCUGAAACUCUGUUUAAACAAGUGCAACACUGGGAUUUUUUAAAUGGUCCUGAGAGCUAAAGCUCCCACUGGGACACUUCAUUUAUUUUUACACUGAAAAAUUCGACGAUUAUUUUCACAUUUUGAAUGUUUGUCAUCAAAAGUCUUUUAUUUUUAUUUUUCAACUAUAAUUUUUCAGUAUAAAUAACAGUUUGCGUCAAUAUCAGUUAAUUUCACUUUAUUUUAACAGGGUAAGCCAGCCUGUAUCAAUAUUGCUGUCCAUGCAGUCAUGGUCAGUUAACUGGAUUGAUACAAAUCCUGAAGACAUGAGAAUAAAACCAGUAGCUGCUUUUUGUGUACAGCUUUGUUUGUCAUUUGUCUCGUAUAUGCACUGAUGCUUUCACACCAUAGAAGUUGAAGGAGUAACAAUGAGUCUCUUUUAAAUGUUCUUAUGAAUGUUAGUGUAUUUAACUAAGAGGCCUUGGACAAUGCCUAUGAGAUCCCGUCAUAAGGAAAACAUUUGGGCCAAUGUCAACUUAUAAAAUUACGAUAACAACCUAUGAUAGUAAAUACAACUUUAAAGGGUUUAUAUGUGAUGGAACAGUAACAUUGUGUGUCUCUCUUUGCUCUCUUGUAACACAAAAACACUGAACACCUAUUUUGAGCCUAGAUAGAACAUAACUAUAAAUGAGAGUGUGCCUGAUCCUAUUGUUACUAAAAGCUUUGUUGCUUUGAGGUAUUUACAUCUACUUUGGUACAGUUUUAGUCAAUAAAUGGCGACAUGAGCAGUGGCAUCUCUGGUCAUCAAUGCUAUCACAGUUGUCUAAACAGUGUGGUGUCGAAGGCAGCUGCCUCUAAACAGUGUGGGAUCAAAGGAACUUUGACUUUACACAUCAGUGGCAGUAUCUGUUGCCCGCCUGAACUCCCUAUUUGAGUUUCCACUGCCACGAAUUGAGUUUGCCCUUUCUGUUUCCAAACAUGGCACAUAUAUCUCUCUUGAAAAGAAAGGCGAUCCAUGCUCUAGCAGAAACUCUGUCUAAACAAGUGGAGCACUUCAAUGAGACAGAGGUGGAGGCUCUGAUCGGACUGUACCAUGAGACGCUGGGGGAGUCAGCUGCUCAGGGCGGAGCAGUCACAGGUCUGGACAGGAACAGGUUCAGGAUGUUGCUGUACCACAUGUUCGGGAUGACUGACGACAUGAUCAUGGCCGGAGUUUUCAGGACAUUUGACAAAGACAACGACAAAUUUGUGAAUGAGAAAGAGUGGGUCAAAGGACUCUCCGUUUUCCUCCGAGGGACCUUGGAUGAAAGAAUUAAAUACUGCUUCAAUGUGUACGACUUGAACAAUGACGGCUACCUCUCAAAGGAGAAAAUGUUUAAUUUUCUGAAGGACAGCCUCCUCGGGCAGCCCUCAGAGGAGGACCCAGACGAGGGAGUCAAGGAACUGGUGGAGAUGACACUCAAGAAGAUGGACCAUGACCACGAUGGGCGGUUGUCAUUUGACGACUUUAAGAAGGCAGUGAAGGAAGAGAACCUGCUACUUGAAGCUUUUGGAACCUGCCUCCCUGACACCACAAGUAUUGAGAAAUUCGAGCAUCAAGUAUUUCCGAAACAAGGGAAACCAUGAAGAAAUUAUAUUCAUGUUGGAUUUGACUUGACAUAGGAUUGACUUGACCCCUUCCCCGGAGUCCCAGUGCCUUAUCGCCCGCAGAUCCAGGGCCGCAGCUGUGGCCACAUCAUCAUGGAUUGAAUAAAAAACUAUAUCGCUGUUUGCAUUGACAUGAAAAAUGUUUCAAUAAAAAACUGUUGCCACAAGUUUA